CGCGGCAAGCAUAUCAAAUCAAACCCUAAGACUUUAUAUAAGGAGAGUUGGGGAGAGAAGAAACCCUAGCUCCACCUCAGAACCACCGACCCGAUGGAAGAACUGGCAUCUUCUGCUUCUUCCUCUUUACUAGUCCCUCUUCCUAAAGCAACCUCACUCAAUCUCCAGCAAUAUCUCUACUUCUUACUCCAGAGUCGACCUGAUGAUUGGGUCUACUCCAUUUUCUGGCAGCCCUCAAGAGACGACUGUGGCUGUCUCGUCCUAACCUGGGGUGACGGCCAAUUCCGAGGGAUGAAAGACCUCGCACCCAAUAACUCCCCUGAUCAAAGGGUGUUCAAAGAGCUCGGGACACUCGCCAGCAGCAGUUUCAACCCGUCCUUGAACAUGGACACUGAGCUGGUCCAAAAAUCGGUCUGUGAUCUCGAAUGGUACUACAUUGCCUCGGUCACAAGGUCAUAUUCCUCUGAGGAGAGCAUCCUCGGGAAGGCAUUAUGUUCUGGGACUUACAUAUGGUUAAACGGUGAGGACAAGCUCGGAAUUUACGACUGUGAGAGGGUUAGAGAAGCAAGGAUGACUGGAAUCAAGAGUAUGGUUUGUAUAUCGACUCCUUACGAUACCGGGGUUCUUGAAUUGGGCUCCACCAAAAUACUCCAAGAAGAUUGGAAUCUAGUCCACUUAGCCAAAUCCCUCUUCACUUCUCAAUUCUUGAGCACAGGAAUUACUCCCCAUGUCCAUGAAGAGCUUCAGUCCAAUGUUGUUCUGAUGGAAGAACGUUACGCCUUAGGCGGAACUGGCGCUUCACGCUCAGAUACUCGUCCUUCAGACACGUGUGGGCUUUUGGGUUCUAAGAGUGACCUGAAAAGAUUGGGGGGGUCGCAUAAUAUCACUUCCUCUAACAAGAGGGCUGCGAUUACAAAGACGAAGAGGGAUGCUAAAGAACCUGCUCGGCCGCCGUUGCCUUCACGGCCCAACCAUGUGGAAGCCGAGAGGCAAAGAAGAGAGAAUCUGAAGCAGAGAUUCUACGCCCUAAGAUCUGUCGUCCCUAAAGUCACGAAAAUGGACAAAGCCUCUCUUCUCUCCGACGCCGAGAGUUACAUCAAGGAGCUGCGAUCCAGGAUCGAUGAACUUGAGGGCAAGCUCAAGUUUCUGCCCCAAAAGCUCAGCCGGAAUAAAGUGGCCAGCCUUUUCGGCAAUGAAACCAAGACUACGAUGCACGCGAGCAAGAUCAGAUCAAGCACGUCGCUGAAUGUUGUCAAGGGUUUGAGCAAGAUGGAGGCGGAGGUGAAGGUGGUAGGCGGCGAAGCGGUGGUUCGGGUGUGGAGCCCGAACAUGGACCACCCGGUUGCAAGGCUGAUGGGCGCGCUCAAGGAGCUGGAGCUCGAAGUCCACCUCGCAAGUGUGUCGAGCGUGAAGGGCAUGAUGCUUCAGGACGUGGUGGUUCGGACUCCGAACGGGCAGGCGAACGAAGAGAGCUUGAGAGAUGCGAUUCUUGCAAAAUUGUGCGAGGUAUGACUCAUGGUUAAGGUGUUGGUUGUCG